UUACAUCGUACUGAAUCCAAAUGCAGCAAUUCCCAUGGUGGACCAUGCAGAGGGCCGCUGGCCUCCUGAGAGUCUGACGAGAGAGAGCUCAGCUCCCAGGGUGUGGGUCAGGACUCCGACUCUGGAGCCGAUGGCAGGGACUUGCUAGCUAGUCUUGACGUCCACUUGCUGUGUGUCUUGGGCAAAUUACUCCCCCUCUCUGAGCCUUAUUUCUUCAUUUGCAAAAUAGGAAUAAUAAUAACCAUGCUUGUCCCAUAAGGUUGUUGGGAGCAGUAAGCGCAUUAAAAUAGAGAGAGCCUGGCUGAGGGGACCACGGCUGGCCUGCUCUCUUCUUUGCGAGGUAAUGUAACUUGAGUGUAAGAGCAUGGCCUCUGCCUUUCAGUUCCUGGCUCUGCUACUCACUUGCUCUGUGACACUGGGCCAGUUCCCUACCCUCUCUGUGCCUGUGUUCUCAGCUGUAAAACUGAGCUAAUAAUAGUACUGUACUUCCAUAAGGUAAGUGAGAGGCUAGGUGAGUCAAUAUCCAGCGUCCCACACAGGAUUCCAUGGUGUUAGCUGUCAUAAUAAUUGUAUCAGACUUAAUCCUCAUGAAAUCCCCAGCUGUGUUUAUUUUAUGGAUGAGAAAACAGGCUCCUGGAAGUCAAGGGCUCCAGGAUGGAAGUCUAACUUUGUCUCAGGGCCCGCAGGGUUAACGGAGUUGGGGGGAGGGGGCGAGACCCAGCUCUGCCCCCAGGGGGCUAUUCAUGAGCUCUCUCCCUGCGGGUCAUUCCCGGGCUCUGGACUCCUUCCUUCAUGUCUUCCUCCUGUGGCUGUCGCGUCCUCUUUCCUGUUUUUCUAUUCCCACACCAUCAGCCUGAGCGAUAGCAGCCUGGUCUCCGAUCACUUCUCCAUCUCUAGUCCCCAUCCUUCACCCCUAUUUUUGAAUGAGCAUCACAGACUCCGGGCCUGGUUUCAAAUCCCAGCUCUGCUACUUACUAGCUGUGUGGCCUUGGGGAAGUUCCUUAGCCUCUCUGCAACUCACUUUCCUCCCAUGUAAAGUAGAGGUGAUAAUAGUACCUGCCUCAAAGUGGUUUUGCCAGGGUAAAUGAAGUGGUGCAUGUCGUCAGGUUCUGAGAACACAGCCUGGCCCAUAGAAAGUGCCGUGAAAGUGGUGGUAUUACCGUUGUUUGUUGUUGUUGCUGUGGACACAGUAGAAUUUAAUAGCUGCUGUUUUCCCAAUCCCAGAAGGAGAUCCCAGUUCCCCCAGAGGCAGGUGUUCUGCCACGUGCCCCAACACCAGAGCGCUUUCCGCAGCCAGAACCUGUGGUCAGGGUGUGAGUUACUUCUCAACUCCUGACUCACCUUGGUUAGCCGCAGCGGGGCGGGGCAUGCAGGGUGGCAAUGCCAGGGUUACGGGCAGGGGGUGCCCAUGCCAAGCGUAGCCAGGAGGUGUCUAGUUGGACCUCCAUUCUACCCCAGUCCUUCUGUAGCAGCGAGGGGAGCCUCAGGGGUGUUGGGGUGGCCACCGGGCACAUUCCGUGACACUGGUCCGGGCAGGCGGCUGAACAUGACUCAAGUGGAAAUAGUGGGGCCUGUGGGCGGGUCACGCUGCAUGGUCACGGGCUCCCAAGCUGCGAGGGCAGAGUUGGCUCGGGCCGAGAGAACAGCUUUCAGAAGGUUUUUGGCUCAGCUGUGUCCACGGUGUGAGUGGGGGAGGCAGAGAGCCAGCGCUCCAGGACGGGAUGUCUCCUCCCAGCAUGGCCACCUCCCCUCAGCCACUCACCACCAAGGUCGCCAGUUCCGAGAACAGCAGCGCCUUCUAUGACUACGAGUACUACUUGGACCAAGCGGCCUUCGUGCCCUGCAUGAAGGACGAGGUGCUGGCCUUUGCCAAAGUCUUCCUGCCGGUCUUCUACAGCCUGGUCUUUGUGCUGGGCCUGAGCGGGAACCUCCUGCUCCUAGUGGUCUUGCUCCGGUACGUGCCUCGCCGGAGGAUGACUGAGGUCUACCUGCUGAACCUGGCCAUCUCCAACCUCCUGUUUGUGGUGACCCUGCCCUUCUGGAUCACCACCGUGGCCUGGCAUUGGGUCUUCGGGAAUUUCUUGUGCAAGAUGGUGAGCGCUCUCUAUACCAUCAACCUUUACAGUGGCAUCUUCUUCAUUAGCUGCAUGAGCCUGGACAAGUACCUGCAGAUCGUCCACGCUCAGCCCCACCACAGGCUGAGGACCCGGGCCAAGCGCUGGCUCCUGGUUGUCAUCGUGUGGGCUGUGGCCCUGGCUGUCUCCAUCCCUGACAUGGUCUUUGUGCGGAUCCAUGAAAACCAUGAGGGUGUGUGGAACUGCCAUGCGGAUUUCGGAGGGCAUGGGACCGUCUGGAAGCUCAUACUCCGCUUCCAGCAGAACAUCCUGGGGUUUAUCCUUCCACUCUUCGCCAUGAUCUUCUUCUACUCCCGCAUCGGCUCCGCCCUGGUCAGGCUGAGGCCCCCAGGCCAGGGCCGGGCUCUAAAGGUAGCCGUCUCCCUCGUGGUGGCCUUCUUCGUGCUGUGGUUCCCGUACAACCUCAUCUUGUUCCUGCACUCGCUCAUGGACCUGAGAGUCUUUGGGGACUGCGAGACCAGCAACUACCUGGAUUAUGCGCUGCAGGUCACAGAGAGCAUCGCCUUCCUUCACUGCUGCUUCACACCCAUCCUCUAUGCUUUCUCCAUCCGCUGCUUCUGCCAGUACCUAAAGGCUUUCUUGGCCGAGUUGUUUGGACGGCACCAGGGACCAUGCCCUGCCCAGGCCCCACUGUCCAGCUGUUGUGAGAGUAGCGGCCUCACUGUCCAAGAGGAAAUGACCAGCAUGAAUGACCUUGAGGAGGGGCAGGCUGAGGACUCCCCCAACAAGGGGGCUGUCGGGGGAAAUAAAGCCUCAGCGGCCACGCCACAGUCCGGUGAGAGCAGAGGGGACCCAGCUCAGCUGGGCAUCCACCCAGCGUCUUCUCUCCAAGGGGCCCCGUGACCACGCUGCUCAGCCCAGAGCUCAGUUCGCAACCCUCAGCAGCACCCGCUCACUCCUUCCAGGACAUCAUACUCCCUGAUCUGCUGCAGUGGUUGCCCAACUGACCUCGGUGUCCUGUGGUCACCGUCUCCUAUCAUCUCAUCUGCACCCGGCAGCCAGAGUGAUUGCAACACCUUCAGCCUUCGCUGCCAUCUCCCUCCCAGAAGCCUGUGGCCUCCCGCCCACCAGGCCGCUCCUGGCCCUCUCGUUCAGCUGGGGAAAUCCUGGUGUUGUUUUGUUUAAUGCUGCAGCCUUGGUGGUGGCUCCGGAGCCUGGCAAUCCGGAGAUGCAGCACCUGGGGACCUGCCUACAGGGAAAGGCAGGCGCGGCUCAGUCCAGGAGCAGGGCUGCCCCCUCCACCCUGGGAAGUGUGGCGAGGGCAUUCACAGCAGUUACUACCUAGGAAAACAUCUCUUUUCUUCCCGGGGAGCCUGGAAUUCACCAGUGGCACGGCAUUCCCGACUGGCUUUGUUAUAAGCUUUCCUCACAGAAUACACAUCGGGGGCUUUUCUCUGAGGGAGAGAAAAACUGGUGCAGAAAUGAGAGCUGCUGGGUCAGGACAGGUCUCAGUCUUCCUACUGCCUUCAGCCUCUGCAAGGAAAGUGGAGGGCGGCCCUUGGAGAGGGUGUCUCCAGCAGUCCCCAUG